AUGCGUUCCAUUUUGAACCAGCUACUUGUCGCGGCAGCUGUCCUUGCCGUGGCCGUUUUGGCGGCCCCGUCACAGUCUGACCGGCGGGAUCAGAGCUGCAACGGCUCACCGUCACUCUGCAGCCGGCGCUAUAGCGAUGUCACUUACGUUGGCUCGCACGACUCAGCCUUCGUUGGUCUUUUGCCCACCGAUAACCAGUUCACGUCUGUGGCCAGCCAGCUCGGCCAGGGAAGCCACAACAAGAACGGUGUCAUUGAGCUCUGCCACACUAGCUGUCUCGAGAAGGAUGCUGGGACGCUCGCUAGCUACUUGACCCCCAUCAAGAGCUUUCUUGACGUCAACCCAAACGAAGUCAUCACUCUUCUUCUUACAAAUGGCGAUUCCAUUCCCGUCUCUCAGUUUGGGACCGUGUUCUCAGCCGUGGGUCUCGACUCAUACGCGUAUGCUCCCUCGGGUACGCUGAGCCUCGACCAGUGGCCAACUCUAGCUGAGCUGAUUUCGAGUGGGAAGCGGCUGGUUGUUUUUAUGGGUGCGUUCUACUUCGAUGUGGUUCUCACUUAG